CAAUGGGAGCGGCCGGCAGGGCGGGGCGGGGCGGCGCGGGGUCCGGGUGCGGGAGUCUGGUAAACAGAUCCUGAGCGCGUGCUGGGGCCAGCGCUGCUGAGGGCGCGCGGACGCGGCGCUGAGGGGCUUCGCAGAGCCGGCUUCCUGCUCGGCCCUGAAGGAUGGCUGCCGUGUUGGGGGACGUCAUCAUGGUGGUCCGAGGCCUUGUCAAGCUGACCCAGGCGGCUGUGGAAACCCAUCUGCAGCACUUGGGCCUCAGUGGGGAGUUUGUCCUGGUGGCCAGGGCCCUCCAGUCCACGGCUGCAGAGCAGAUGGGCAUCGUCUGGGGCAAGGUGCAGGGGCAGGAUGUGCAAGGGGAGCCUUACCCCCAGAGCUUCGAUGACCCGGAAGCAGAGCUCCACUUCUCAGAGCCUCAGGCCUCAGGACCCUCCACACAUUUCUCUGAAGCUUCCUCCCCUGACCAUUCGCCUCCCUUGCCCUUGGAUCACGCCCGCAGUGAGGGCCCGGCUCCUGCCUAUGUUGCCAGCGGACCCUUUAGAGAAGCUGGGCUCCGUGCUGCCACCCCUCUGAGCAGGGUGACAGGGACGCUUUUUGUAGACCCCAGAGGCCCAUUCAUGGCCAUGGGCCUUCAGCGAAGGCUCUUCCACCAGGACCAGACCCCCAUGGGGGGCCUUACAGCUGAGGAUAUUGAGAAGGCCCGGCAGGCCAAAGCUCGCCCUGAGAGCAAGCCCUAUAAGCAGGUGCUCAGUGAGCGGGCUCGGGAGCGGAAGGUGCCAGUUACAAGGAUUGGGCGGCUGGCCAACUUUGGAGGUCUGGCCGUGGGUCUGGGCUUCGGAGCAUUGGCUGAGGUCGCCAAGAAGAGCCUCCGCUCUGAGGACCCCUCAGGGAAGAAGGCAGUGCUGGAUUCCAGUCCCUUCCUGUCUGAAGCGAAUGCAGAGCGCAUUGUGAGGACGCUGUGCAAGGUGCGCGGGGCGGCGCUCAAGCUGGGCCAGAUGCUGAGCAUCCAGGAUGAUGCUUUCAUCAACCCCCACCUGGCCAAGAUUUUUGAGCGGGUGAGGCAGAGCGCUGACUUCAUGCCGCUGAAACAGAUGACGAAAACGCUUAGCAAUGACCUGGGCCCCAACUGGCGGGACAAGCUGGAGUACUUCGAGGAACGGCCCUUCGCAGCUGCCUCCAUUGGGCAGGUGCACCUGGCCCGCAUGAAGGGCGGUCGCGAGGUGGCCAUGAAGAUCCAGUACCCUGGUGUGGCCCAGAGCAUCAACAGUGACGUCAACAACCUCAUGGCUGUGCUGAACAUGAGCAACAUGCUUCCGGAAGGCCUGUUCCCCGAGCACCUGAUUGACGUGCUGAGGCGGGAGCUGGCCCUCGAGUGUGACUAUCAGCGAGAGGCCACCUGUGCCAGGAAGUUCAGGGAGCUGCUGAAGGAUCACCCCUUCUUCUAUGUGCCUGAGAUUGUGGACGAGCUCUGCAGCCCCCACGUGCUGACCACAGAGCUGGUGUCUGGCUUCCCCCUGGACCAGGCUGAGGGGCUGAGCCAGGAGAUCCGAAACGAGAUCUGCUCUAACAUCCUGGUCCUGUGCCUCCGGGAGCUCUUCGAGUUCCACUUCAUGCAGACAGACCCCAACUGGUCCAACUUCUUCUAUGACCCACAGCAGCACAAGGUGGCCCUUCUGGACUUUGGGGCGACUCGGGAAUAUGACAGGUCCUUCACUGACCUCUACAUUCAGAUCAUCAGGGCUGCUGCCGACAGGGACAGGGAGGCCGUGCUGAAGAAGUCCAUAGAGAUGAAGUUCCUCACUGGCUACGAGGUCAAGGCCAUGGAAGACGCCCACUUGGACGCCAUCCUCAUCCUGGGGGAGGCCUUUGCCUCUGAGGAGCCCUUUGACUUCGGCACCCAGAGCACCACGGAGAAGAUCCACAACUUGAUCCCUGUCAUGCUGAAGCACCGGCUCGUCCCGCCCCCCGAGGAGACCUACUCCCUGCACAGGAAGAUGGGGGGCUCCUUCCUCAUCUGCUCCAAACUGAAGGCCCGGUUCCCCUGCAAAGCCAUGUUUGAGGAGGCCUACAGCAACUACCGCAGGAGGCAAGUGGAGCAGUAAGUGCCCCCCCCUUGUGGGAACCCUGUCCUGGUGCAGGUGACAGGGCAGGGAGCUGCUGGAUGACGCGUUUGAGCUCCUUCGCCCGGUGAGGUGGCUGGCUCUGGACAGAAGGGGACGCUGCUUGGAGCCUGUUUCCGGUGCGUAGCCACGGGGUUCAUCGCCAAGUGGGCGUGGGGUGAGAAGCACAGGAACAAAGUGAAACCCCAGCCACUGUCGAAAUCUACUUAGCCAUCCUCUGGAAAACUAGAUGAAGAUAAAAAGGCAUUUUACUUCCUUUUUCUUUUUGUAACAGGCUUUUUCUAAUGUGACUGUUAGUCAGAGGUGAGAGUGUACCCUUCGUGUCCCUGCCACCAAAGACAGAGAAGCCAUUCAGGAUUUUAUUGAGCGAGUAGUGUAAAGUGUGUGUGAAUGUUUCUAGAAUGAGACUGGUGUUUUCUGUGCUUUUCCCCUCCAGCCUGUGAUCUGUAGAGCUGGGAGGGGUGCCACUCUGAGCAGUGCCAAAAGCGCUCUUUAACUUAGCGAGGCCCCCGUGUCUGGUUCAUAUACUUUUUUGAUAAGUGGAAGUUUCCAAAGAGCUGCCUCCUUUGUGAAGGGUUGGGAACAGCAGGAGGGGAAAGAAGCCCGGACAGUCCGUGUGCAGGACCCUUCCCUCCCCAUCAGGCCCAGGCCCAGGGCCUUUGUGGAAGGAGGUGAAUGUGCAUGUGUCACUCGGGUCCAGGCUGUUAAUUUUGUACAAUUCCUGUAAAUUGUCUGAUUCACUUGUUUCAAUUAAAAAAGUAAAUCCCA